GGGGAACUCCCUCUGCCUGAAAUCCACUCUGCUCCUGCAGUUGCAGCCUCUCCUCUCUGUGGAAGCCUUUGUUCGGUAUGACUUCCUCCCCCCACAUCCUCCCGGAAACGCUGUGGGAUCAUUUGCUUUCUAUUGGAUCUCCCUGGCUCUUUGCUCUCCUGAGACUGGGCUACUGUUGCUGGAAGGGAAUGCUGCAUCUUUCUGCUGGAUCUCCCUGCUUGCGUGCUCCUGCUGCUGCUGGGACCUCUUGCACCACUUUUACUGUGGAACCACUGUAUUCAUACAUCGUACAUUUAAGUGAUGUGGAUCUUUCCCUUUAAAUGCUCCCGUCUAUUUCAAAAACAGAGCAUUGUUUUUAUCAGGCACAGGUCCGACCUCAGUUUGCCAGAAUAUGUGCCAGCUGGUCCAAGUGCUGAUCCAGUUGAAGUGGAGAGGCUCCAUGACUUUGUACUGCGCUCCCAGCGACUGUUUGUCAUGACAGGUGCUGGAAUCUCUACAGAAUCAGGAAUCCCUGACUAUCGCUCGAAGGGUGUGGGAUUGUAUGCAAGGACUGAACGGAGACCCAUUCAGCAUGCAGAGUUCAUCAAGAGUCAGUCUGCUCGCAGACGUUACUGGGCUCGGAACUUUGUAGGGUGGCCACAGUUCUCUUCCCAUAAACCAAAUGUGUCCCAUGUGGCUCUGUAUAAUUUGGAGAGUUCUGGGAAUUUACAUUGGCUAGUGACCCAGAAUGUAGAUGCCUUACAUGCUAAGGCUGGACAGCGUCGCAUGACUGAGUUGCAUGGUUGCACUCACAGGGUGAUUUGUCUUGACUGCCAGACAGUUAUUAACAGAUCUGAGCUUCAAGAAAAGUUCCUAGCUCUCAAUCCAGUUUGGAAUGAGCAUGCACAUGGAGUGUCACCAGAUGGCGAUGUUUUCCUGACAGACGAGCAAGUCUCCAAUUUUUGUGUUCCAGCUUGUGAUAAGUGUGGCGGUAUUCUAAAGCCACAGGUGACUUUCUUUGGUGAUGCGGUAAACCGAGAACUGGUGUACUCUCUGUAUGAGUGUCUAGGCCAAGCUGAUGCGAUGCUUAUUAUUGGGUCCUCACUGGAGGUUUAUUCUGGAUACCGAUUUGCACUAAAAGCCCAGGAGAAGCACAUUCCUAUUGCAAUACUUAACAUUGGUCCCACUAGAGCGGAUCACCUGGCUGUAGUUAAAGUUAGUGCUCGCUGUGGGGACAUUUUGCCGAAAAUAAUCCCAGAUAAUCUAAAAUGAGCAUUGCCUCUAGAACAGACAUAGUAAUCCCUGUUGGAUGAUUCUGCACCACUCCGCAAGGGAGAGACGUUACCUGGAGCACAGGUGGAUGUGACUGAUGUGAUACUGUACAAGCUCCACAUAUAACCCUGCUGUGAUAUUUGCUACUUUCACAUUAGUUCAAAGAAAAGAAAUAUCAGGAUAUUAUAAAAUCACUUCUGCAAAUUAAUAUACCAAUAUGGCAGUAUCAUCAGGGUAUUCAGUAUAUUAGAGGGGUGUGGCAUUAAAAUAAAUUUCUGGAUAUUAGACUUAUAUUUCAGUAAACCAUACAUAACAAUCAUUACAGUUAAAAAUAAAGUUUAGGUGCUAUUGACAGCAGUGUAAUUUACAGCGAUUCUGUUUCUUGUGGUACAGUUCCGGUGUUGCUGCCAUGAGAUUGUAACAAGUUGUGUCGCUGUAUGUACUGAAAUAUCAAACUACCUCAAUUACUACAUCACCACUGUACAUGUGGUUUUUUUUUUUUAAUUGUAUCUGAAAAUAGAAAAACAUACAGUAUUACAGUACUGUCCUAAAAUACAGAAGGCAUCACAAGAUUACAUAAUAUGUUUGUCUAGAAAAUCCAAGUUUUCGAAAACACUAAACACGUAUAACAGACAUACAGAUAGAUAGACAGGAAAAAAAGAAAGGAAGAAAUGAAAUUAAAUGAAGGAAAGAAGGGACAAAGGAAAAGGGGGAAUGACAAGACAUGGGUUAAUAGUAGUCAUGAAUUCACUACUGACUUAAGUUUGUGAAUAGCACAUAAACACGUGUCAGAGAACAUAAUAAAAUCAGGUAAUCUGUUUAAGAGUGUACCAUGUUGAAGAUUCAAACAUUUUCUGUAUCUGUUGUUGAACAGCGUGAUUGAGCAUCUCAAUGUAUGACUCCUAUUUUUUAUAAAAAUGCUCCACCCUUCUUUCAA